CACCGAUUACUGCAACGUAGUGGCAGCACAGCUGUCAAUAUUAGGAGAAAAGAAUAGAAAGCGAGAAAUGAAAAAUAAUUGUUCAUGGUUUUGUUUUUUGCAGUAAGUUUUCCUUUAAAAAUUAAUUGUGUUUCCUCAAAUAUUACAACCUGGGAAAAGCUAAAAAAAAAAAAUAAAUGUGAAUCAUCUUAUGAAAAAUUCUAUCUAGAGUUGUGUUUCUGUAUUGGACGUCAAUAGACAUAAAUUGGAUCGAAUGAAGGAAGGAAGGUAUUGUACUAUAUAUGUAGUUCGAAUUAUAUUUAAGGAUAUAAAACCGAGUUGGAAAAAUGGCUGCAAUUGACAACGACAGCGAUAAUGAUGUGGUUACAGAUUUUCUAAACUCUAACAUUAACUCUUUUACUGUAAUUGAAGGCAAAGGGCAAAAAAAUUUACAAGAUACUGAAACUUUCCAGCCGACAAAACAGCAAGUCCCAUUUUGUGAAACCCAAAAUGAUUGCAUUCCAAUUAUAAAUACUUCCCCAGUUCUAAUAGCUAAUAAUACUAGCAAUAACAAUAUGAUUCCAACAAUAAAUGUAACGCCACAUAGCCCGGCUUUAAUAACAAAAUAUAACAAUAUUUUCGAAGAUACGCUUAGUCAGCUGCAGAACAUAAGAGAAACUGUGGUUCAAAUGAAAAAUUGUAGCGCUCAUUUAAACGACGGGUGCACUAGUUUAUGGCCAGUUCAUGCAGCAAUUCUGAGCGCUUCAUUACCGGAUCUAAGUUCUGUAAAUCCUAGUACUAGAACACAUAGUUCUGGAAAUUAUAUUAGAUGGAUACCACAUCAGCAGAAUUAUGUUCCUAUUAAUGAGCGUCGUAGAUCUUGGACCACUAUUGAUGAUUUGAAUGUUACAAAUAAGAGUAUCAGCCUGUCGAGCUUGGAUAGUGAAGAACCUGAAACAAUUUGUACAACAGAUCAAAGGCGGCGGUCAGCCAGGAACAGUACUGGAGGAAUAUCAACGCACUCGCUAAACGAAGCAGAAUUGGCUCGAGAUUUUCAGCGUAUAGCGGCCAAACGUAAUCUAGUUACAGAGAUUCGAAUACCACUUCAGAAAAGUAUAUCUACUUCUUCAAUUGUUGCUAAGGAGGAAAUUAAAUCUCGACACCUCUAUGACAGUGAAGAUGAAAAUCAAAGUCUUUUGAGGGCAAAUGUAAAAAUUGAAGCUUACGAUAAUGUAGAAAAACGUCGAAAGCGCGGUUCCCUUUUUUUUCGAAAGAAAAAGGACAAGAGUAAAAUGAAAUCGGGUGGUCAAACUAGUAUAUGUGAAACGUGUGGUACCAGCAUAUCAAUAUUAAAUAUUAAAGAACAUCACAUGGAGUGUAAAGGAAAGAAGCCAAAUAUAGGUACUGGGCAAAAAAUAUUGUUGGCAGCAUCAAGGAAGGGUGCUGAAAAAACUGAACCUGGUCAAGAUUAUUAUGAUGGAGGUGAUCAAGCAGGGAGCGUUAAUGAUGAUUCGCCAUUAAUACGAUCGGAAUUCCUUAAUGAUCCACCCAUCGAGGCACAAGAUCUCGGAGCGGAUCCUAUUUUGGGUAUCGUCGCUGAAGAGCAUGAUUCAUGGUCGCCCAGUGUACCAAAAGAUGUUUUAAAGUCCCUUAAAGAAAAACAGAUUAAAAGACAAGAACAUAUAUAUGAAUUUAUCAUGACCGAGAAACAUCAUUGUCAGACACUACUUGUAAUGCAAAAAGUUUUUGUAGAAAGUUUGGAACGCCAUUUUCCCUCUUUGAAUAUUAAUAAUAUGUUUCCCCGUUUAUCGGAAUUAACUGAAUUGCAUAUAAGUUUUUUGAAAAAGCUUCGACAAAAGCAACGUGAGCAGUACAUUGUUGACAGCAUAGCCGACGUAUUGCUAGAUUUCUUUUCACUGGAAAAAGCACAACAUCUAAGAUUGGCAUAUGGUGAAUUUUGCGCCAAUCAUCGUACAGCACUGGAACAUUUCAAAGCAUGUAUGACAAGUCGUGACCAAACAUUUGCAGAAUGGUACAAACAUUGUUUAACAAAUCCAUUACUAAAAAAGAAAGGUAUUCCCGAGUGCAUACUUUUUGUUACACAGCGCCUUACUAAAUAUCCUUUGCUGAUUGAACCACUCCUCAAAAGCGCUCGAGAGGAUAAAAUGGAAACCGAUAAAUUGCAACACGCCCUCAAUUUAGUAAAAGCGCUGCUUAUAGAUGUUGACGCUUGUGUUGCAGAGAAAGAACUACGAGAGAGACAGCUAGAUAUUUUUAAUCGAGUUGAUCCGAAAUCUUUCGCUAUCUACAAAAAUAAGCCUUUUCGUAAAUCGGAUAUUGGUGUUGAUUCGCGUCGUCGUUUAAAAUUCGAGGGUCUUGCUACUUUAAUGCAAGGUCGUUCCAAGAUGCAAUUAGUUUUAGUUGUUGUACUUACCGACUGCUUAUGCUUUCUUUCGGAAAACUCUGCUCAUAACAAGUACACAUUCUUUACACCAGAACACAAAGCGGGCGUAGUGCCAUUACAAAAACUACUCAUACGUGAAAAGGCUGGAACUGAAGCACGUGGUAUAUAUAUAAUAUCUUCCAAUCCAUCUUUUCCAGAAAUGUACGAAUUGAAAGUACAACAGCCUAAAGACAAGAAUACCUGGAUUCAAUCAAUUCGGCAAGCUGUCCUAGAGUGUCCAUCUUCUGAUGUUAUCGAAACUGAAGAUCUAACUGCUGAGGAAAAACUACGAAUCGGCGUCAGUAAGCGGGAUCUUAUUGAUAAGAUAAGGCAAAAAGACAUAGAUCAUGCUAUUUUAUUGGAAGACAAGAUUGUGCUACAAUUGAAUUUAUUGAAAGAAGUUGUUGCUAUAUCUGGAACAAACAGUGCUGCAACCAGCAACAAUAAUAGCGCUUACGUUCCCGGAGGUGUGGUGAAUGCAUCAAAUUUUCUCGCUACUUUCGGUUCAUAUAAAGAUUUGGUGGGUAUUGAUUGUAAUGUUGCAGAUUUGUGGAAACAUGUAUUGAACAUGGUACAAAGUAUUAGUCAAUUGGCUGCAAUGGUAUAUACGGCAUCUACCGGCUUGCCGGUCUCACGUUCAGUGAGUUCGGUAGGAGAAAAGCAGAGCGAUAAUUAUGCUUCACCCACUCUGCCAAAACGGGCCGAAACAUUUGCUGGUUUUGAUGAAAAACGCGUGAAGAACAAUUUCCCAUGUCGCGAUGUGUCAAAAUAUCCAGCUUUGCAAGCGUUAACACCCCGACUCCAAGAAUUGGAGGAAAAACGUGAUACUAAAUCGGGUUCUUCGUUAGUCACAUUGAAGUUACAAUCCACAACGAGUGAGACGCAAUCCACAUCCGGUUGUAAUACGUCAGCUGGAAUCGAAGAGGUUUCUAUGAAGGAUCACAAUUACGCAGCUUUGCAAAUAUCGCACCAUCUCCAUACUUUAUUAUGUAUAAUUUCCCAACAAAUGACUGUAAUAAAUAGUUUGCAGCUACAAUUGGCAUUGUAUCGGGAAGGCCCGCGUGUCGCUUACACACAUAAUGAUCAAUUAGAGGAACUUCGUAAUUUGCAAGAUAAAUUACAAGAAGAAAAGACAGCUUGGCUCCGCCAAAAAGAACAACAAGAACAAGAAUUGGAAGAUAAACGAACACAGUAUAUUAAAUUUCAAGAACAACUUAGAGCCGAACAAGAAGAUAUCAAACAACAGCGCGAACAACUUUAUCGCAAAAUGGAAUUACUUUCAAAUCAGGGGUUGCUUUUAUCACCUAACACGCCGUUGUUGAUAAAUAGCCCAUCAAUGGCUAUUUCAGCGUCUCCGAGUGACGAUGCGCACGAUAGUCAUGAGGGUGCGCACUUGCAAAGUGAUGUAACCACACCAACGGCUGUAACUCAGAAUACCGUUGAUCGGCGAAAAGACAAAUGGCGCACAUCAUCAACAAUUUCAAAAACUCCGCCAGUAAAUUUACUAAGCGCUACUAAUGCACCAAAAAUAAAUCAAACUUGCAUAAAACAAAAAUUUCCAAUGAAGUUGUCGUCCCUCUCGUCGAAUACUUCUGGUAGUAGCAAAAUCGACAAAUCUGCUAGCUUUAAUGCAACUGGAUUACAACAAAACAGUUGUGCUCAAAUGCUUCCACUCAAGCUUGCAGACAAACGCUUCUCAACUUCUAACUUUAAUUCCACACAACUAACAACACAAAGUAUUCCACAGCAUUCGCGUACUGGUAGUUCACCAGCGAUCAUUCAACAUCCCAAAACAAGAACAGCUACAUCUCCUCCUCCUAUUAUAACAAGUGUGUGCCGCACUGAUUCUUCCUCGACGUACACUUUUGGUCAACGACAAACCAAUGUCGGCACAACUCCAACUACAUUCGGUACUACACAAACAUUGCAUGCAGCAGAUAACAGUGGUACUGCGUCAAUUAAUUCCAAUCAAUUUAAUCGACGUAAUAAAAGUAGCAGUGGAAAACCGGAUGAGGAAGAGAUUUACUUUUGACGCUCAUUCUCGCCAGAAGUUGGAAUUUAAGUUCAACGACAACAUAUCUUAGUUUCUUUAUUUAAAUUUUAACUAAUUAUGCAAAA